AUAAAACCAAGACACAAAUAAUCUUAAAAAUGAUUCGUUAUACCCGGUUUACAUGCAGCCACUGCCGCUGCUACUUGCGCUGCCCACUUCAUGGCCCAAUAAUUCCAGGCAGAUUUUAAUUAAAAGUAAAUAAGCAAGUAACUAUUUACAUGCAGCUCGCAUCUACCUGCCACUACCCGAAUUAUUUGUGCGCAUUAUUCUGCGGCAGUAUGGAGGAUGAAGAUGUUUUUGUGGUGACAGCGCUUUGCGUUUUAAAUGUACAGAAUUAUUUAAAUGUGUUAAGAUAUGCUAUGGAAAAGAAAGGUCGACGUCGAAAAAGACGAUGGUGGAUGACAGCGAUUCAUCGUAAUAGAACGUUAACAAGUAUGAAUAACUUUUUUAAUGAUCUGACAUGUGAGGAAUCGGGAGAUUUUUUUAACUUUUGCCGAAUGUCCCGAAUAGACUUUGAAUUUCUGCUUAAUAAAAUUGAGCCCAUGAUCAAAAGAGAAACUAAAAUAAGGGUUCCAAUACUACCGAAAAUGCGCUUGGCAAUAACAUUGCGAUAUUUGGCCACUGGGGACAGUUACAAAAGUUUACAUUAUUUAUUUAAAGUUUCAACGGCAGCAAUUUCGCUGAUUGUACCUGAAGUUUGUGGAGCAAUUAAUUUAAUUUUAAAGAACCAAAUUAAGUUGCCAGAUACACCAGAGCAAUGGUUAGCAAUAGAAAAGGGAUUCAGAAAAAAAUUUCCCCGAUGUGUCGGAGCCUUUGAUGGCAAACACAUCGUUAUUAAAUGUCCACCACAUACUGGUUCCGAAUAUUAUAACUAUAAAGGAACGUAUAGCAUAGUUUUGAUGGCUUUAGUUGAUAACGAUUAUAAAUUUAUUUUUGCCGACGUAGGUGGUCAAGGGCGUAUUAGCGAUGGGGGUAUUUUUCAAAACUAUCUCUUGUGGAAAAAAAUUGACACAAAUCAACUUAAUUUACCACCAGAUGUCCCAUUGCCUGGUAGAGAAACUAGUACGCCUUAUGUGUUUUUAGGCGAUGGGGCUUUUGCAUUACAUAAGAAUGUGAUGAAACCUUUUCCAGGAAAUCAUGACAUGGGCACUAAAGAAAGAAUAUUUAAUUAUAAACUUUCAAGCAGUCGCGUCAUUGUUGAAAAUACUUUCGGUGUCUUGACAUCUGUCUUUAGAGUAUUUAAAAAACCCAUUGAAAUAGAUGUAAGCAAGGUACCGAAAAUAACAUUAACUUCUAUUAUUCUAACUGCUUAUUUGCUGCAAGGGUGUAUGCGCAUCAGUAUCCUGAUAGACGCCAUCCUACUGCAAAAGUUUUUCUUCGGAUCAUACAUCGUUUGCGAACGACUGGAAACGUUCGGCUGCCCGUGUUUCGGAGACAACGCAGGGGACGCACCAAAGACAACAUAA